CCCUCUUCUCCCGUCGGAUUACAGCCGAGGCAGCACGCGAAGGAACGGUUACAGAGCCAUAAAACGUCGAAUAAAUCCAAAAUUAGCUUCCCAUUCCAGUUACCAAAGUGAGUAGAGAAGAGACCCCUUUAAAAGAAACAUGGAUCAGUCUUGGCCAAACCAUCAGCAAGGAGGAGCCCCACAACAUGCUGUACCAGUGGGGGCCUUCAGGCAGGUCAGUAAUCCGAUCAUCAGCGGAGACAAAGUCCAGUUUGAGAGGCUGCGGCGACGCGCUCGUGUGUCGGAGAGCUCUGGGGCUGAAGAGGAACGAUUGAGCUCCUCCAUUGAAGCGAGUGGCUCUUAUGGUCAAAGCCCAGUCAUCCAAGGUUUUCAGGCAGAGAGCGUCUUGUUCAGCCGCAGCCCCUUUGAGCAGGCUGAGAUCAACUACCAGCGCUGGCUCGCCAAUAAUGCCAACGGAGCGCUGUCGUCCUCUCCGAGGAGCCCAAACACCAGAGGCAACAUGACCUUCCAGUCAAGACGCAGUCGCUCUCAACAGCAAGAUCAGGGACACCCCAUCACCACUGUGAAGGCCUCCGGUACCCCCCACCGUCGGUACAGUAGAGGCCGCAACCGCACCUCCUCUGAGACCGAGCAGGGAAAUAAAGGCAGCAGGGGACCGACCCAAAGGAAGAGGGGCCUCUCCGAGACAGAAAGCAGGCCCAGAUGGGACAAUACCAAAAUGAGUGGACUGCAGUGCCUCGCCUCGGAGAACAUCUGGUUCGACAAACACCACUACGAUGAAGCCGAGAGGCGCUUCUAUGAGGGAGUCAACGGACCUUCUUCACAGGUGAAAACGGCCCUGCAGCAGCCCAAAGGGCGCCAGCAGAAACGGCAGCACAGAAACUCAUCCUCACAUGCAGGAGGAGACCAGGAGCUGGUUUCACGCAUGAAGAGCAUGGAACUGGAGAACCAGGCUCUGCACAAAGUGGUGGCGGACAUGAGGGCAGCCCUGCAGAAGCUGGAGUCCAGAGUGGCCGUGCUGGAAAAGAAUCCGGCAACUGUGUCAUCUACUAAGGCUGCUCCAGUCCAGGCUGCUCCAGUAAAACAGGUGGACAAUGCUGAUGAUGAUGAAGACGAUGACAUUGACUUGUUCGGCAGUGACGAAGAAGACGAAGAGGCAGCACGCAUCAAGCAGGAGCGCCUGGAUGCCUAUGCAGCCAAGAAGUCCAAGAAACCUGCCCUCAUCGCCAAGUCAUCUAUCCUUUUGGACGUCAAACCCUGGGAUGAUGAGACUGAUAUGGAGCAGCUGGAGAAGUGUGUGCGCUCGGUGCAGAUGGACGGGCUCCUGUGGGGAGCAUCCAAACUGGUUCCAGUGCCUACUUUGUCAUCCUCAACCACACAGUUGAUCUGCAGCUUCUUGAUGCCGUAGCCAACUGGCACCAGU